AUGUCCUCAACUUACUAUGAAUUAUACCGUCGUAGUACGGUAGGUGCCACAUUAGUAGACGCACUAGACCAUCUAAUUAGUGAGGGUAGGAUUGAAGCUAGUUUGGCAAUGGUGUGCUUGGAAGUCUUCGACAGAGUAGUAGCGGAGGUAUUAAAGGAAAAGACUAAUUCUAAAAUGACUAUUAAAGGGCAUUUACAUACUUAUAGAUUUUGUGAUGAUGUUUGGACUUUUAUUAUAAAAAAUUGUAAUUUAAAAUUAGAACAUAUUGAAGAAAACUUACUAUCUAAUAAUGACAAGGAAAGUGGCAAAAGCACCAAUGAAAAAGGUAGCACUAAGAAUAGUAAUAGCAAUAACGAUAAUAUAGUGGAUGAAACUAUUAAUUUGCAGUGUGAUAAAUUGAGAAUUGUCGCUUGUAACGCUAGGAAAUCGGCAGAUUGA